AUGUCUGUGAUCCCAGUCACAUCAUUUGCGCACUUCAAGACCAUCACAUCCAGUUCAACGUACACCAUUGUAGACUUCUACGCCGACUGGUGUGGACCAUGCAAAGUGAUCUCGCCUAUCUUUGAGAAGCUGGCUGCUGCUGAGAGCAAGCCGGGCCGGCUUGUAUUCUGCAAAGUCAAUGUUGACAAUCAGAGGGACGUCGCAAGCGCAUAUGCCAUCUCGGCAAUGCCCACGUUCCUGAUACUCAAGGGCUCAUCGGUCAAAGAGACUGUUCGCGGUGCAAAUGCUACUGCUCUCCGCACCGCAGUCCUCUCCGCCGCCGCAGACGCAGCACGCGGACCCGCCAAGUCCGCCGCCACCUUCUCUGGCAAAGGUCAAACAUUGGGUGCUUCCUCCUCUGACGGCAACGCAGGCGUAGCAAGUAGGAAUGUGUCAGCACCUACAAUGCCCAACGUAGGCGCAAUGCUCAGUAGUCCGGCACAGUUCGCUCAAGGCAGGGGGCUGCCGCAGACUAUAGUUCGGUUCCUGGGUCUCUACCUCACGACACUAUUCAGCCUCGAACCGGAGAAAGCGGCACAAGAGUCACCUUUCGCGGUGAAGAGUCAAGGUGGGGGCACCCGAGUUGGGACCGUCAGGUGA